AUGUCUCUUACUGCGAUUGUGACCGGUUCAGCGCGCGGAAUAGGAAGAGCAAUUGCCCUCCGGCUCGCGCGAGAUGGCUACUCAGUCUGUAUCAACGACAUACCCAGCUCCUCGACCGAAAUCAACACUCUCGUCAACGAAAUCAACGAGACGACUCUACCACUUCCCAUCCCCACCAGAAACCCCAUCAAACGACCCCGCGCAAUUGGUAUCGCCGCCGAUGUAACCUCUUCUACAGCAGUCGCCGACAUGGUCACCGAGACCGUCUCUCGCCUUGGCCCUCUCACCCUGAUGGUCGCCAAUGCCGGCGUCGCGACCGUCCAGCCCGCUCUCUUCGUUUCUGAAAAGGACAUCGACAAGAUCUUUGGUGUGAACUUUAAAGGCGCUUUCAAUUGCUACUCACAGGCUGCUCGACAGAUGAUAGUGCAGGGGGACCCUGACAUGUCCGCCGGUGUCAACCGGUACAAGAUAGUUGGGUGUGCCUCUAUCGCUGGAUUCAAGGGCCUUCCGACGUUGGGGAUCUACUCAGCAAGCAAGUUUGCCGUUAGAGGGCUCACGCAGUCUUUGGCGGGUGAAAUGGCGAGACAUAAGAUUACGGUUAACGCUUAUGCUCCGGGGAUUGUGGGGACUGAAAUGUGGGAUGAGGUGGAUGAGACAAUGGGACAGCUCGAGGGGCGAGCAAAGGGAGAGAGUCUGAAGCUGUACAGCAAGGGAAUUGCACUGGGCCGGACGGGGGUACCAGAUGAUGUGGCUGGCCUUGUUGGUGGGUUUCUCGCUAGCAAGGACUCGGAUUAUGUGACGGGGCAGACUAUUCUGGUUGAUGGGGGGAUGCUUUUUACCUAGCUCGGUGUAUUCUAUUACUAUGCUACCAAAGGCAGGAUGCAAAUCUUUGUUUGAGGAAGAACGGUUCAAAAAAAAAAAAUAAUAAUAAUAAUAAUAAUAAUAAUGCUGUCUGAAGAAGACGAGCUGUGCCAGAAAAACUCCAUAGUAGCACAUCGCAAUGCGGGGACCCCAGACUGGGAAGUUCAAAGUUUCACAGCAACAUCCCGAUUGGUGCCGCUCAUCCUCCAGUAGAAUUGACUGAUUGAUUGAUAUUAAAUGUUGAGAUAUUACCUGUGCUCGGUUAUAUGC